UAUUAGUCCUUUUCAUUUUCAAGUUCGGAAAAGCAAUACGUACUUUUAGAACCCCUUUGCUUUCCGUACACCCAGUUGUGUUUAGGUGUGUCUUAUAUAGGUGUCUGCAUAAGCUGUCAGCGGACACACUUCGCAGAGGGGGAACUGGAAUUCCAGAAGGGAGCAGAAUCGACUGCUAACGUUACACCCGCAGUCUGUUGCUGUUCUGACACACCCGAAAAAACACUGGAGUGGAUAUUACCAAUACAAUCAACUAAGCUCGGAUUCUAAAGUCCAAGGCAUUAUGGGAAAUGUUGUAUUGUUUUUCCUCUUCUCGCUGUUCUUGGAAGGUGUGUCAGGUGAUGCUCAGGUGGUAUCAGUAAAGGUGGGAGAUUCUGUCACUUUACAGACCGAUUCUCAAAUACAGAGCGGCGAUGUGAUAUUCUGGAGGUUUCAACCUCAAAACAUAAUGAUUGCUUCUAUUAACAAGGUAAAAGCUAGUUUUGAAUUAAACAAGGAGCUUGAUGGUAAUUUCAAAAGCAGACUGCAGCUGCGUGUUCAGUCUGGAUAUCUCACCAUCAAAAACAUCAUGACAACAGACUCUGGUGAUUAUGAAGUAUCCAAUGACAAUGGCAUCAAAAAGAGUUUCAAAGUCAGUGUUGUGUCUGUUGACUUCACGAAGACCGUUUCUGUGCUGGAGGGAGAUUUAGUCACUUUACACACUGAUGUUCCUGAUAUAAAGAUAUAUGAUGCAAUAGAGUGGAGGUUUGAAUAUCAGAAAUCUCCUGUAGCUGAAAUAAAAGCUGGAAAUGUCCCUAAAUAUGAUGAAACUGAUACGAGGUUCAAAGACAGACUACAGCUGGAUCCUCAGACUGCAUCUCUGACCAUCAAGAACAUCAGAACUGAACUGGCUGGACUUUAUAAAGCUGACAUUAUCAGCAGUGGACACACUGUACACAAGUCAUACAACGUCAUCGUCAUUGCUCCACGGGUACCUGUAUGCGGACCUUCAGGUUGGUCUUCAGGUGCUGUCGCAGGGAUUGUUGUUUGUCUUCUUCUUCUGGUGGCUGUAGCUGUAGCUUUGGUCAUUUACUAUCGCCGCAAGAUUGCUGUUCUAGAAAAAUCGCUUAACAGAGACAAUGUCUUGGUGCCUAAACCCAUUCAUACCAACAAUGAAUGAAACCAAUCAAAAGGUAUGGUCAUGAAAAAUAAUCAUAUGUUUCUUAUGUGAGCCCAAAAUGAAGAAGCUGUACAAUAUUAAUAUGCUGUGAUGCAUAUAGCUGAGCUUUAAAGCAACCACAAAACAAGUUGAAUCAUUAUUUGAUGUAAAGCUAAUCUAAGAAGAAAAUUGUACCUGUUACUCUUUGCAUGUGAUGCAUUCAUGCUAAGCUAAGCUGUUCCCACAAUAACUGGUCAUUUAUUCAUGUAUAGUUGUUGUUUUUGAGUCAGAUCAGAGUGACGGGGCACUUUCUUCCCUUUCCCAGAAAGACCUGUGUUUGUGUUUAAUUCAAAAACCAUCCAAUGUGCCACUGACAAACUGACCACACUUGUUUAACGCAUUUAUAAGACUUUAGUGUUAUUUAGCUUUUGUGUUUACCUAUAGUAAAAGUGUUAUAGUUUAGUGCUACAUUACAUAUCUUCAUUUUAUUUUAUCUGUCUAUAUUUUGUAUCUGAAUAUUUUCUAAUUAUCUUUGGAUUAUCUGUUGCUCUGAAUGUGAGAUCUGUCACUCUGGGAAUUAUUUUGACUAUUUUAAUUUUGUUUGUAUUAUAAAGUGUCUUUAUGCUGUCCUACAUGACUGCCUUAGUGUCUUUUCCAUCUAUAUUUUGUGUUAUUCUCGCUCUCAAGCUUCCGUUAGGACAAUUUUGUCAUAAAUCUUUCAUAAACAUGAUUGUCUUGAGGCCAUUAUAAUUGUGUCAUGAAUAUUCCCUUUUUCCAGAGGAGCAAUGAACUUGAAUGUAUAUUUCUCAGUAAAAGGGUCCAUAAUCUGUCAAAUAAUUGUAAAACAGCAUCAUUAAUUGGCAUUUAAUAACAUUUUAACAACAAUUUUAAUUUGUAACACUUUAGUUGAGGUCAGUAAAACUAUUAUUGAUGCUAUGCUAAAGCUGCUAAUGAUAUAAAAGUCAUUCAUUCAUUAAUUUUCCUUCAGCUUAGUCCCUUUUUCAUGAAAAGGUUGCAAAAUGCCAACUGACCCAGCCGUUACUCAAACCAGCGACCUUCUUGCUGUGAGGUGACAGUGCUAACCACUGAGCCACCAUGCCACCCUGAUAUAAAAUUAAUGGCACAAUUAUAAUAACCUCAAAACAAUCAUGUUUAUGACAGAUUUAUGACAAGAUAUGUUCUCUUGAUGUUUUCAUGGCAAAGCCAAAAGGUUGUGAUGCACUUGGUUAUGUCAAGUUGUCAUAACAAAGACAUGUUAAACAAUGUCAUCUAUGUAUUUAAAAUUAUAUUACUGACAGCUGUCUCAUGAAUAAAUCUCAUUCAUAUUCAUGACACACAUCAUGUCACGAUUAUAAAGGUUUCAUGAUAGUCUUAUGAACACCCCCUUCAAGUAAAGGGUUACCAUCACUUUUGUGUGGCCUUACUAAUAAGACUGUUAUUGCAUUUUAUACAAGUAGAAUCAUUGACAUGUGUUGUUCUGAGCUGAGUGUAUAUUAAUGUUCACAUUGUGCUGUUACUGGAAGAAGAAAAAAAAAACAAUAAAACAAUCAAAUGACGAA